UUCUGAUUAUGCCUGCCUCCAAACUGGGUGUGUGUUAGGUGUGGCCUACUUGUCUUACUACUGCACAAUGCACAUGGGAACCAUUGUAUUCUCGGGGUUCGCCGACGGAUUAGGUUGUGCGUUGCACCCCCAUAACAAACAGACAAACCACACGGCCUAAGAGAUGAGGUGAUUUUUUUUGCUCUCAUCUCUAUCUGUGAGGGUGGUGAUGAGUGUCAGCCUCGGGACCUUGCCUUGUCUUAAAAGGAUAUGAAGUAUAUGAGGAUCCGUUGGCUUUGUCUCGUCGUCAUCAGCCUUUCUCUGUUGUUUUGGUAUGGCCAUCUGAUCCACUCAGAAGGCUCCACUAUAAUGCCCAACACGGGACUCCAGGGGUACACUAAGAUCAGUCCUGGCUUGAUGCACCAGUUCCUUAACAUGCACUGUAGCCAAUGUGCCUUGGUGUCAAGCUCAGGGCAGAUGCUGGGUGCUGUUAUUGGCGAGGAGAUUGACAAGACAGAAUGUGUCAUCCGCAUGAACAACGCACCCACAUCCGGUUACGAGAGGGAUGUUGGCAGCCGGACCAGCCUGCGUGUAGUGUCCCAUACCAGUGUGCCCCUGCUACUUAAAAAUGAGUCCUACUAUUUCAAGCAUUUGGCUGACACCACCUAUGUAUUCUGGGGUCCUGAGAGGAACAUGAAGCAGGAUGGAAAGGGACGCAUCUUCAACAUCCUACAGAAGGUUGCCAGGAAGUAUCCAAAGGCGAAGCUGUACGUAGUGACCAGGGAAAAGAUCCAGUACUGUGACAGUAUAUUUCAGAAUGAGACUGGUAAAAACAGGAUGAAGUCGGGGGCUUUUCUCAGCACAGGUUUCUUCACCAUAAUCCUGGCCAUGGAUGUGUGCGACAGUAUCCAUGUUUACGGCAUGAUAGACGACAAUUACUGCAGCCGUGCCAAUCAUAGUGUUGUACCAUACCACUACUACGAGCGGAGUCGGGUAGACGAGUGCCGAAUGUACCGGGUGCACGAACGUGCACGCCACGGUGGCCAUCGCUUCAUCACAGAGAAGACCAUCUAUGCCAGGUGGGCAUUGCACCACAAGAUGGCGUUCAAACAUCCAUCUUGGAGACCACAGGACGAGGCGCACAGAGGAUGGGGUGACUAAAUGUGUCAGUUGAUCCUCACCUUUGACAUACAGGAGAGUACAGUUUGAUGGUGUACUGGUAAUAAUUUAGUUAGAUUGGCCCUUUGUUUUUUGUUGUUGACAUAACUGUAUUGGUGUCCAUGAGUAUCUUGCUAACCUGCUUGGCAUCUUAAUGAUGUUGUUCCAUAGAACUUGCAUCUAUGGCUCAUAGACGAUUUCACUGGCAACAUUUCAAGAGGUCAGUAUUUUGGUGAUUGACUUGUGUCCUUUUUAAAGCCUCAUAAUGGCAUCUUAACCACUAUUUCAACCCCAUUAUUGGACAUUACAAUAAGGGUGAACUACAUUUUAAUAUUUUCAAAAAGUCGAUGGUGCCUUUAUCGUCUUUUUCUAUUUUUGUCUUUGUAGUGCUACCUUGCUCAAUGACUCAGUGGCCAUCCAUUGACAACUGUAUUUCACACUGUACUCUGCUAACUUAUUUUCUUUGGACUGAAGCUUAUAGUUGGUUGCACCAGACAUUUUUAUGUAUAUUGUCUUAUGAAUGCAAAAUGUCUUUAAACUUUGUCUAAAAUGAA